AUGAAAAAAGAGCCUGAAGGUGAGGAAGAAUUGGAAGAAGGAGCAGAACAUGCGAAAGUUGGUGGUGAUAUCGAUGGCAGUGACGACGAUGAUGACAGUGGAACUAGCAGCAGUGGGGAAGAAAAUGUUGAGCUUAUGGUUACUAGUCGUGAAAAACGUCCCAAUGCUGGUAAUAAGAUGGCGCAGUUGUUGGAAUCCGCCGAACAAGAAGAUGAAUUCUACAGAAACACGUAUGAUGGUAGAUUUCUUGAGGAUGAUGUCGAUGAUGCAUUCGAGUCACCAGUGGAAUCGGAUCAUGAUGAAGUAGAUUCUGACUUCGAUCAUCCUGAGGAAGAGGAUGAACCAAUUAGCGAUGCAGAAGAAGAGCCCAAACGACGGAAACGGAAAACUGGUUAUAAGCCCUUCAAAAAGAGCUUUGCUAGAAAAAACAAAAAAUGGGUAAUGGCACGAAUGGGUUGCCUUACUGCAGCUGCCAAUGCCGUCAGUCCUGAAACUCAGGCGCAAUAUUUGGAAGAAGCCAAGGAAACAGAACGGAAAAACGUUGCAUCAUUAAAGAAAUACGAGCAGUUUGAGCUGGAAAAGAAAAAGAAACGUGAAAAAACAAAUGUUAUCCGCAAACUGAAACCACCCUACAUUAGCAUUACGGAUGGCCCCAAUGGCAAAUGGAUGAUUGUUCCAGAUAUCAAAAAAUUUGUGAAACCGGAAAGAGUGGUAAAACUCCUUUGUUGCGUAACAUCACGUCCAGCAAAAUAUCGUGACCCAUUAACUGGUUUGCCAUUUGCAACACCUGAGGCAUUUAAACUUAUUCGAGAAAAAUACGCAGAAUAUUUGAAAAGUAUGCCUAAUCAUCCAGCAGUGAAAGCAUGGCUCUCCAAGAAAUGUUAA